UAAAAGGGCUGCACUAUGCAAAUCCUAUCCAUCCCAACGGCGCAAUGGACUCUUCCCCACUCGCAUUGAUUUUCACCAGUUCUGUCUUGCUCAUAUUCUUCCUCCACAAAAUCUUCCGGCAGAGAAAUCAAAACCCCUCCGCCGCAGCUCCACCUCCGCCUCCAGGUCCCAGAAAACUCCCCAUCAUCGGAAACCUCCAUCAGCUCGUCGGCAGCUCCCAGCUCCCGCCCCACCUUCUCCGCGACCUCGCAACCCAAUACGGCGGCGUUAUGAGCCUCCAGCUGGGGCAAGUCCCAAACGUGGUCAUCUCCUCCGCCGAAUCCGCAAAAGAAAUGAUGAAAACCCACGACGUCGUAUUCUCCGAUCGCCCUUUCAACAUUGCCGCCCAGAUCUUAACCUACGACUUCACCGACAUCAUUUUCGCCCCCCACGGCCCUUACUGGCGGCAGCUCCGCAAGAUUUGCGCCCUGGAGCUGCUCAACCAGAACCGGGUCAAAUCGUUCGACUCGACCCGGUUGGAAGAGGUGUCCAACGCUGUGGCCGCCGUCUCUGCUUCGGCAGGGCGGAAAUUCAACUUCAGCCGCAUGCUCUUCUCCCUGACCAGCGGGAUCGUGUCGAGGGCAGCUUUCGGGAGGAAAUACAAAGGGCACGACGAGUUCCUUCUGGUGAUUGAUGAGUUGGGUCGGUUAGGCGGUGGGUUUAGCCUGGCCGACUUCUUUCCUUCUCUGAAAUUGCUUCACGUAUUGGGUGGGACGAAGUCGCAGAUCCUCAGGCUCAGAAAUGAAGCUGAUCGGAUGCUGGACGGCAUAAUCUCCGACCACCGCAACAAUUCCCGACGGGAGGAGGCGGCGGUGGAUGAUUUGGUCGAUGUUCUUUUGAAGGUUCAGGGUAAUGGCGAAUUCGACAUCCCCCUCUCAGAUGACAACAUCAAAGCAGUCAUUCUGGACAUAUUUGGUGCGGGGAGCGAUACGGCAGCAACUGCUCUGGAGUGGGCAAUGUCAGAGAUGGUGAAAAAUCCAAAAAUUCUACAAAAAGCACAAACAGAAGUACGAGAAGUUUUCAGAUUGAAGGGAGACGUCGACAUUGCAUUGCUUGGUGAACUGCAUUACUUAAAGUUGGUGAUUAAGGAGACGCUAAGACUACAUCCUCCCGGUCCUUUCUUGGUUCGAAUGUGUAACGAGGACUGUGUUAUCAAUGGGUUUGAAAUCAAGGCGAAAACGACAGUACUUGUGAACUCGUGGGCUAUAGGAAGGGAUCCGAAGUUUUGGGAGGAUCCGGAAGAAUUUCGUCCCGAAAGGUUUUUCGACAAUUCAAUUGAUUUUAAAGGGCUGAAUUUCGAAUUCCUUCCAUUCGGUGCUGGACGGAGGAUAUGUCCGGGGAUAGAUUUUGCGACGGCGACUAUUGAAAUAACAUUAGCCAAGCUUUUGUACCAUUUCGACUUGAAGCCACCGAAUGGAGUUAAAGCAGAGGAACUGGACAUGACAGAGGCAUAUGGAGGGGUGAUGAAGAGGAAAAAUAGCCUCAAACUGAUCCCAACUCCAUACCACAAAUAUUAGGCUCUUCAUUUACAAGUUUAGGUGGGAGUUAUUGUUUGGAAAUUAAAUUUGUAUUCCAUAUAUAACAUGGUGGGCUCGGUUUAUAACAAGACUAUUGUGGGACAACUGGUUUGUUUGUUCCUGCUUUUGUAAUGAAUAAUUUUUUUUUUUUUUUUUUGCCAAAGACUUUUGUAAUGAAUAAUUGGAAGUAGU